UUGGCCAUUGCAAAACUUCGCCGCGCCAACCCCGAGUCCGCCGCCGCCGCGCCCUCGCCUCGCCGCCUGGCAUGUCGUCCUCCUCCCACGCAGCCUCACCCGCCGACGGUGCCUCAACAGCCAGCGGUGGUGUGAAGCCCACGACGGCGCCUUACGGGUCCUGGAGGUCGCCGGUCACCGCGGACGUCGUAGCCGGCGCCGAAAAGCACCUCAAAGGCAUCGCCCUCGCCGGGGACGGCCGCCUCAUGUGGAUCGAGACCCGCCCUGAGGAGAAAGGGCGCAUGGUCAUUGUAAAAGAGGAGGAUAAGCCUGUGGAUGUUAUACCUCAGGAGUUUGCAGCACGUACCCUGGUUCACGAAUAUGGAGGUGGUGCAUUUGCGGUUAACAAUAAUGUUGUUGUGUUCUCAAAUUACAAGGAUCAACGCCUGUACAAGCAAACCGUUGGGAUUGGAAGUCCACCUGUGCCUCUUACACCAGAUUAUAGUGCGCCCAACAUCAGUUAUGCUGAUGGUGUAUUUGAUCCUCACUUCAGCCGUUAUAUCACAGUGAUGGAAGACCAUCGAAUGAGCAGCUUGAAUCCCACCACAACAAUUGCUGCUAUAAACUUAAGCGGUGAACAAGUUCAUGAACCAAAGGUGCUGAUAAGUGGCAGCGACUUCUAUGCUUUUCCACGAAUUGAUCGAAACAAAAGGCGGAUGGCAUGGAUUGAGUGGAGUCAUCCAAACAUGCCAUGGGAUAAAUCAGAACUUUGGGUUGGCUACUUUUCUGAAAGCGGUGACUUGGAAACACGGAUUUGUGUUGCUGGUGCUAAUCAAAUGUUAGUGGAAUCACCUACUGAGCCUAAAUGGUCCCUGAAAGGAGAACUGUUUUUUAUAACUGACAGAGGGAGUGGAUUUUGGAACAUUUAUAAAUGGGUUGAACAAACCAAUGAGGUUGUUCCAAUAUAUACACUAGAUGCUGAGUUCACAAGACCUUUGUGGGUUUUUGGCAUCAGCUCUUACGAUUUUCUUGGAAAGAGCAAUCACAUCAUUUUCACUUACAGGCAGCAGGGAAGGUCAUAUCUUGGUGUUCUAGAAUGUGAUUCAGGUUCUAUUUCACUGCUUGACAUCCCCUUCUCUGAUUUAUCUAAUGUGGUUGCUGCAGAUGAUUACUUCUAUAUUGAAGGUGCUUCUGCAAGUGUUCCAUUGUCACUUGCUAAGGUGAAUUUGGAUGCGAACAGAACAAAAGUUGUUGAUUUCUCAAUAAUCUGGUCAUCCACACUAGGUGUUGAACAAUAUAAAUCUUUCUUGAGCACACCAGAAUUUGUUGAGUUUCCAACAUUGAUCCCUGGCCAGAAAGCUUAUGCUUAUUUCUACCCACCUUCAAAUCCCAAUUUUCAAGGUUUGCCAGAUGAAAAACCUCCAUUGCUUGUUAAAGUUCAUGGAGGACCUACAUCUGAAACGCGUGCAAUUCUGGACCUCAAUGUUCAAUAUUGGACAAGUAGAGGUUGGGCAUAUGUAGAUGUUAACUAUGGAGGAAGCACUGGUUAUGGGAGAGAGUAUCGGGAGAGACUGUUUGAGAAAUGGGGUAUUGUUGAUGUUGAUGAUUGCUGCAGAUGUGCAAUAUUCCUGGUGGAGAGCGGGAAAGUAGAUGGAGAACGGCUUUGUAUAACUGGGAGAUCAGCAGGUGGAUACACUAUUUUAGCUUCACUUGCAUUCAGAAACACAUUCAAGGCUGGAGCUUCUGUGUAUGGUGUUGCUGACUUUUCUUUGUUGAAAGAGGAGACACACAAAUUCGAGAAACAUGAUCUCGACCAUUUCGUGGGAGAUGAAAAGGCUUGCUAUGAGAGGUCACCAAUCAACUUUGUUGAUAAGUUUACAUGCCCGGUGAUUCUAUUUCAAGGGCUGGAGGAUAAGGUUGUGCCACCAGAUCAGGCACGCAAGAUAUACAAGGCCUUGAAAGAGAAAGGUUUGCCUGUCGCCUUGGUGGAAUACGAAGGGGAGCAGCAUGGGCUACGCAAGGCGGAGAACAUCAAGUUCACCUUGGAGCAGCAGAUGGUGUUCUUUGCCCGAUUGGUCGGGAAAUUCGAGGUGGCAGAUGAUAUAACUCCAAUCAAGAUCGAAAACUUCGACUGAUUUUCCCGAAGAAACGGGUGUAUCCAUGGCUUUCGUUUCAUGGAGUAUGCCACUGUAAGCUUGUAUGAAUGUUGUUUAGCCAUUGUUAUUGUGUGGGGUGUCGAUCGAAAGCUUACUCUGUCGCUGUAUAUCAAUCUGGUCUGGAUACUUCUUUGUAUCCUCAUUUU